AGUCAGCAAAUCCUACGCUAAAAAUAGAUUCUAGUUUCAAAGUUGGUAAGAUUUUCUGUGUCGUCCUGCCACACUUCAUAAAGCCAAGCUACCUACAGCGCCUGCCUAAACUUACAGUUACUGUCACGAACCAAGUAUACAACGCCAUAUUAUCCCCUGGGGACAAGAUGUCUUCAGCAGAUUUGAACAUCAUGAAGAAAAGUGCCUACGCAGCAGUGAAAGUGGACCCCGACGGAGACUAUUAUACCCCCGGCACAUUUGAACUGGAGCGGCUCUUCUGGAAAGGCAGCCCAAAGUAUACUCACGUCAAUGAAGUCUGGCCUAAUCUCUACAUAGGAGAUGAGAAAACUGCAUUAGAUCGCUACAGCCUUGAGAAAGCCGGCUUCACCCACAUCCUCAAUGCAGCCCAUGGCCGGUGGAAUGUGGACACAGGACCAGAUUACUACAGUGACAUGGCCAUUGAGUACCAUGGGGUAGAAGCAGAUGAUCUCACCACCUUCAACCUCAGCCAGUUCUUUUAUUCAGCUGCUGAAUUCAUUGAAACUGCACUCCAAGAUCAGAGAAACAAGAUCUUGGUUCAUUGUGCCAUGGGACGCAGCCGAUCCGCCACCUUGGUCUUGGCUUACCUGAUGAUUUACAAGAACAUGACAGUGGUUGAUGCCAUUGAGCAAGUGCUGAAGCACCGAUGCAUCCUCCCAAACCGUGGCUUCCUGAAACAGCUGAGAGAACUGGACAUAAAGUUGGCUCUGGAGAGGACAAAUGCCAAGAACGGCAUCCAAGUCAAUGGAGAGGAGCAUGGCACAGAGAUCUAGCAUUCCUCAUGCCCUGGGGUUACCGGAAAAACACCUAGCAAGAGAAAACUGGAGUUGGAAAACAAUACUGUCAAAAGUCCUUUGUUAUAAGUCCAGAGGGAAGAAUCAAUAGCAUCUGAAAUGCCUUAAAGGGAAUCUCAGGUUGGAGACAAGAUAAAUGGAGAGAGGAAGCAAUCUCGUUAGGGAGCGUAACACAGAAUCCCCUCAUUUUAGUGCUGUUCUUCAGGGCUCUGCUGUACAGAAGAGAAAAAGGAGGGACUUGUGAUGGAAGGCAGUGGCUCUAUAAGAACUAUAAGGGUGGUGCCCAGUAUGUAAAGGAUCGGGUAAGCGUGCAAGUCCAUGAACUGCGAUUCAGGCCCAGCUGCUCCUGCUGCCCUAUUACUAUAA